AUGAAUCACCCGCAGCAGUUUGACCUCGAGAAGGAGCUUCGAGAAUUCAACACGCAGCGAUGCCCCACAAUUGAACAGACAAUAAGCAACAAUCGGUCUGUACUAUACAAGCGAAAGAAGUUUUUUCUUCAAAACCUUCGAGAGUCGAUUCAGGUGGUGGAAAUACUGCUCAUCAUAAUUCUUUACUUGCGAGACGUAUCGUUCUUGCGGUUGCUUUUGCGAGCAGCAGUGCAUCUUGCCGUGACGAAUAUAAACCCGCCCGUGCCGCACUUGCAACUAUCCCCGGAGCACAAGGAGCUGAUGAUCAAGUUGAGUCUACGUGGAGUCAUCUACGGGAACUUGUUCUGUAUGAUACUCCAUCUAAUCUUUGGGGCCUAUUCGUCAAACAGUGGCAAUGGCGAUGGCAAUGGUGAUUCCAUGCACGGUGGAAUGACCGUGCAGUUUAUUGGCGAGAGGUACCCUUACUCGCGGCUCGAGUUGAUUGCGUUGGACCUAUGCAUUUUCGCGACCCAGUUGAUUUACCAUUACUUGAUUGGCGUGGUCAAUGACCUGAAAGUAUUGGAGGCCAAGUCAGCUAACGAAGCCAUGGAAAGUGAAUGCAUAGAAAUGGUGGAAUCGCCGGGGCUGAUUGAAGGACAUGCCGGUAGAGCACCCAUUGAAGAAGACGGCUACAACGGGAAUGUAUUUCUAUUGACCAUCGAUCUACUAGGAGGCAUGAAAAAAGUGAUGGAUUACAAUAUAAACUUUGAGGGCUACACGUCGAGCAGAGCUCAGGUAUAG